AUGUCCUCUGCCAACAAGCUCGUUAAAGCAGCAACAAAGCCAAAGAAUCAUUUACCAAAAUCUAAAGUACUUGAACCAAUCAUUUCUGCUUCCUUCACAGAUCAAGCUACUCUAUCGGAUAUCCUACGCGCCCUCUCGGAUAGACUCCGUGAACCAAAUUCUAUCAUCGUUUUCAAAUCCCUCGUUAUUGCCCACUCUCUAUUCAGAAAUGGCGAUACUGAUAACAUCUUAGACCUUCUCUCUCAUCACGAUCACCUCAAGUUACGUAGAGUCGCUUCCAUUGACUGGGAUGGUCGUACUACUCCGCAGAACAUCCAAGCUUAUGCAACUUACUUGGAUUUACGCAUAAAAGCUUAUCGUGAUCUUAAACACGACGUUAUUAAAGUUCAAUCUGAGACAAGGGGCUCUUCCGCUAACAGCCGACGUCCACGAUCUUCCUUUGAUCCAACUGGCAGACCUUCUCAAUUACGGUUACUUACUGUUGAAAAGGGUCUCCUACGUGAAGUCAAGCAUGUCCAGAAGCUAAUCGAUUCUAUUACUGCUUGUAGAUUCUUCCUCGAUGACCUUGAGGAUGACGUUACUGUUGCUGCUCUCCAACUCAACGUAAAGGAUCUUCUUCAACUUUUCACUGCACUUAAUGAGGGCGUUAUUAACGUUCUUGAAUCUUACUUUGAAAUGAGUAAGGUUGACGCUACUGAAGCUUUAUCUAUAUACAGAACUUUCUGUAGACAAACCGAAAGUGUUGUUCAGUACCUCAGUAUUGCUAGACGCCUUCAUAAUGUUCUAAAUGUUAUGGUACCAAAUAUCAAGCAUGCACCUCUAUCUUUGUAUGGUGCUUUAAAGGAGUAUUUGGAAGAUCCUAACUUUGAGCAGAACAGAAUUGAGUAUAAGCAUAAUAAAUCUGUCAUUGAUGGUGAAUCUGGUAGUUCAAAUCGUGCAAGUCAUACUAGUUAUCAACCUCCUCCUAAAGCACCUUCACCACAAUCUCAAUCUCAAUCACAACCUCAACCUCAACCUCAACUUCAGACUAAUAAGGCACUUCCAGCAGCAGAAGAUUUCCUAGAUUCUAUUGAAAGUGAUAAUGGUGGUAACAUGAAUGAAUAUCAACAACCUUAUCCUCAACAACAGAUGCCAUCACAAAACAUUCAACAACAAUCAUCAUUCUUCCAACCACAACAAUCCUUUAUCCAACCACAAAAUACAGGAUUCUUACCAUUUGCGCCACCACAAACCAUUCAACCACAAUUUACUGGAUUUGGUGUGCAGAAUCCAUACCAGCAACAAUUACAAACUCAAAUGCAACCACAACAGCAACAGCAACAGCAACAAUUACAACCACAACCACAACCGCAAUCACCAUUUACACCUUUACAGCAACAACAAACAGGCAUUCAACAACUCCAACCACAAGGGACAGGUAUGGGUAUUCAACAGACAGGUCUACAAACUCAAACAACAGGAUUUAAUCCAUUUAGGGCAUCUUUAAUGCCUAUGCAGACUGGUAACACGUAUGGAGAUGGACAACAGAAUGCCAAUAACCCAUUAAGAACGCAAUUUCAAUCUCAGAUACCUACUCCACCUCAAACUGUUAAGCCAGUUACAGCGCAAAAAACUGGAUCACGCAACCCAUUUUCUAAUGGCUUACAGGACAGACCUCAACAAGUGAAUUCAUUUUCUAAUGAUAAUGUAGGACCCACAUUGAACAGUCUUGCUUUCAAUGCUUUCAAUAAACAAGAGCAACAGCAACAGCAGCAGCAAAUGCAGAUGCAGCAAGAACAGCAAGCUUUUAACUCAUUUGGUAAUUUUGAUGUUGGAAACUUUGGAUUACAGCCGCAGCCCACAGGACUGCAAUCUCAAGCAACAGGAAUUCAAGCACAAAGUACAGGAUUACCAUCACAGACGACAGGACUACAAGGACAAAUGACUGGGCAAGGAAACUUAAGCAGCAAAAAGUUCCAACCAACGUCUUCAUUUGGAACAACAUUAGAAAAGCAAUUUGAUUUGAGCAACCCAUAUACCAACAAUGAUAGUAAUAAAACAAAUAACACUCAAAUAAAUCCAUUUAGAAUGUAA